AUGGCCACCAUAAUGUCGCACAACUUGCCCCUGAUUCCGCUGCCGCUCAAAGCCGGUGCGGCACUGGCAAAGGCAGGCCUGAUGAUGCCCGGUGCGGCCCUUCUGGGCUCGCUGGCGGACGGUGGCCUCCGGAAGGGUACACCGCCGGACUUGGAGCAGCGUGGACCCGCGGGAGAGGGGAUAAGUCCGAAGGCGCACCUCGGCGGGGAGGAGGACGAUGGUCACGAGAGUGACCGCAUGAGCUGCUGCAGUGACGACAGUGAGCUGUCCGUCGGUCAGGAGGUUCCGGAUGAUUUGAGGGCGAGCUCGAGGACGCUAGUUCCGAGUGCCACGCUGGUGUCUCCGCUGGUGGAGGAGAUGAGCAACGAUUCGUCACGGUAUUCUAAGGACACCCCGUCGGAGUUGGAGUUUAUGCAGCGGUUGCAGCAACCGGCGGGGUCUACGGUUAUGUUGCGCCCUAGUCCGACCCGUCUGCACGAGGAGUUUCUCCGGAGUUCGCAGCUGUACGCCGAGGAGCUAAUGCGCCAGCAGAUGCAGAUUGUGGCCGCGGCCCGGGGACUCGCCGUGAGUCCCUCGAAGGUCGGCGAGCUUCAGCGAGGUCGAAGUCCACCUGCAGAAGCCGCCAAGUUAGGUUUCCGACCGGCGCGAGGAAUCUCGCUAGGACUGGGAGACCUCUACCGGCAGGAAACUUCCUCUCCCGGGGACGCCGGAGGGGCGAGCAGUGGUGGACCGUUCCGAGGGAUCCACUCACACCUCAGUGCAAUAUCGCAGAUCACGCAGAAUCUAAACAGUGACCUCUCGAAGCUUACCAGCCCGACGACGUUCGCCGGAGGAAGCCGCACAUCCCGCGAGAGUUCACAGUCUCCGCCGACACCACCUGCUUCCUCCACCGUGGGGAACCAUCUUCAUCAGCUCCACCAGCACCAUCUCCAACAGCACCAGCAGCAGCAGCAGCAUCACCAUCAACAGCAGCAGCAACACCAGCUCGCACUGGCCGCCCUCAACAACAACAUCGCGGUGGCGUUGAACGACCAAAGUCUGAAGUUUAGCAUCGACAACAUCCUGAAGGCGGACUUCGGGCGGCGCAUCACCGACCCGCUGCUGCUGAAGCGGACGUCCAAAGGUGGCCACCCGUCGCCGCUGCAGCAGGCGCAACAGCAGCAACACCACGUGCCAUCGGGAGCGGGUCGUAAGCCGUCGAGCAAAAGCCCGUCGGCAAUCGAUCUCAGCGGCGGCGUUGGGCCGGACUCCGGACUCUCGUCGUUGGCCGGCGUGAAGGGGUUCUGUACGAGCGCGAGCGUCCACGGGAGCAGCCGCGCGAGUUCCGGGUCGGUCAGUUCGGUCGGUAGUUCCGUGGGCAGCAGUGAGGACGUGGUCAGUCCGGUUUCGCCCCUUUCGUCGACUGGUUCGCUGAAGGGUGGCGACGCUCCACCGGCGGGCGGUGGAGCCAGUGGUAGUGGUGCGUCCGGAAGUAGUGCUAGUGGCGGUGGUGCGAGUGGCGGUGGUGGCGCAAGUAGUUCCGGCAGCUCCGGCGGAUCGUCCAGCUCUGGCGGACCGAUGGUUUGGCCCGCUUGGGUUUACUGCACGCGCUACAGCGAUCGACCUAGUUCAGGACGAAGUCCACGGACACGAAAACCAAAGAAAACCCCCGCGGAAAAGACGGCCGCGGCUCAGCAGGCGGCCGCCGCGCUCGCGGACGACAAACGACCCCGGACGGCGUUCAGUGGACCCCAGCUGGCACGGUUGAAGCACGAGUUUGCGGAAAAUCGUUACCUAACCGAGCGUCGCCGGCAGCAGCUUAGCGCCGAGCUGGGCCUGAACGAGGCGCAGAUCAAAAUCUGGUUCCAGAACAAGCGGGCCAAGAUCAAGAAGUCGUCCGGCCAGAAGAACCCGCUCGCCCUGCAGCUGAUGGCCCAGGGUCUAUACAAUCACUCGACGGUCCCGUUGACCCGCGAGGAAGAGGAACUGCAGGAGAUGCAGGCGGCAGCGGCGGCCGCAGCCGAAUCCCGGACCGGAUCGGCAGGACCGGCAGCAGUUUCGGCCGCCGUAGCUAACGCGUGAAAGUGGAGCCGGGGUGGAAGCGGUGGCGAAUGUUUUGCCACUUUUUAAGAGACUUUUGAGGUGAUGGUUUCGAGCAGAUGA